CAAACCUUCCACAAAGACUUCCAAUGGCUUUUUCACCAUUCAUCAUUGUUCUUAUGCUUAUUUGCUUCUUCAAUCUUGCCCAUGGAGAUUGGCAAAAUGGUCAUGCCACCUUUUACGGUGGAGGAGAUGCUUCUGGCACAAUGGGAGGUGCGUGUGGGUAUGGGAAUUUGUAUAGCCAAGGAUAUGGUACGAAUACUGCGGCAUUAAGUACUGCUCUUUUCAAUGAUGGUUUGAGUUGUGGUUCUUGUUAUGAGAUGAGAUGCAACGACGACCCCAAGUGGUGCUUGCCUGGUAGCAUAAUCAUCACUGCAACCAAUUUCUGCCCACCCAAUCCUAGUCUACCUAAUGAUGAUGGUGGUUGGUGCAACCCUCCUCUCCAACACUUUGAUAUGGCUGAGCCUGCAUUCUUGCAAAUAGCACAGUAUCGGGCUGGUAUUGUACCUGUUGUAUUUCAAAGGGUGCCUUGUGUGAAGAAGGGAGGAGUAAGGUUUACAAUAAACGGUCACUCAUACUUCAACUUAGUUUUGAUCACCAACGUCGGUGGUGUAGGAGACGUACAUGCGGUCUCGAUUAAAGGAUCAAACACAGGAUGGCAACCCAUGUCGAGAAAUUGGGGGCAGAACUGGCAAAGUAACUCCUACCUCAACGGCCAAAGCCUUUCCUUUCAAGUCACGACUAGCGAUGGAAGAACCAUCACAAGCUUCAACGUGGCACCAUCUGGUUGGCAGUUUGGUCAAACAUUUCAAGGGGCGCAGUUUUAAGCUUUUGAAAACACUAAAGGGUGAAAGUUAAAAACCGGAAACUCAAAGGUGAAAAAUGAAAAUUUAAAAUCUAAAUGAAUUUGUAUAUUGCUGAGGUGGCAAGUUAGCACCCGCUUAAAUUACAACAUUCAACAUAGCAAGUGAUGUCAUUUGGGUUGUUUUGUUAGUAUUAAUCUUUUGCCCUUUUGCUUUUGUCAUAAUGUAAUUUUGAAAGUAUUCAGCCAUUUUGUAUUUACUCCGGUUUUACUUAAUAUUGUAUAAUAUGAAUUCAAAAGUAUUUUAUUA